GGUUAUUAAUAUGGGUGUGGUCUCAAUAGGUCAUGAUGGUCAGGUUAUUAUUUGGGAUAUGCUGGCAGCUGUUCAACUGAAGGUCUUUCAAAUUGAAUAUAAGGAUGAAGGUGUUCCUUGUAUAUUUGACUGCAAGUGGUCACCUGAUGGUCUAACUGUAGCAGCUGCUGACAUCUUUGGAUAUUUAACAAUAUUUGGAUUUGGAUCAAGCACUCCUUAUGAACAGCACCCAGAAGAGCAGUUCUUUCACACUGAUUAUCGUCCGUUAAUGAGGGACAGGAAUAAUUAUGUGGUAGACGAACAAACUCAAUUACCUCCUCAUCUGUUACCACCUCCUUAUUUGGUGGAUAUUGAUGGUCACCCGUACCCAGUGAAGUACCAGGAGAGUAUACUGAAGCACUUAAGAACAGGAACUAACGCCCACUCACUAUCAGCUGAUAGACCCACUGAUGAUACUGAGGACUAUGAUGAAUAUAUGAGGAAACACUUUGCACAGUUUGAUAAAGAACGGAAAACCUUUCAAGAGAGGAACAGGAGAUCAACCCAACCCACUGCCACGCCCAUCGAGAGUGACAUAACACCUUCCUUAUUAGGAGACGUGGCUCCACCCACUAACACAAGUACUAACGACACGACACAAGAUAACAGUGCUCCUGAUGAAGUGGUUGAUAUUAUUGAAGGAGAUGGUGGAGAUCAGAACAUUCAGAACAUGCUCUCAUCCAUAGUCUACUCACUGGGGCUGGACGAGGGGGAGACACUGGUUGCCAUUAGCAACUGGCACAAGAGGCACAUUCUACCAACAAUUGACUCCGCAACUAUCAGUUCAGAGCAGGCCAGGUUGUAUGAGUUAAGGUCACUGGAGAAUGAAUGGAUAGAAACUGAAUCAAAUAAAAUAAUACAAUUACCAACACCAGUGAGAGAAUAUAUACUGUACACUUGUACAUGUUUGUUCACUUUAAAUUGUGUAUGUUGA